GACUGAAGAGUGCGAAGAAGAAACCGGAGCACGUGACAAUUUCCGGAGUUCAAUUUAUUUAUUAAUUUUCUUAUUUAUUUAUUUAUCUACGUUUGUCUGCUGGUUUUCCAAUCUCUUGGAUCCGAAACCAAUAUGAAAUUGCUGCUCGACUCCUCCUCAUCACUCCUCUUCUCGCUGCUAUUGGCUCAGCUGCCUGUGUUCACGUCUGCCUCUCCAGUACCGCAGCGGCGGCCCAGUGACAUGGAUAAACUGUCCAAUCAGACCAAGAAUCUAAUGAAGCUCACGCAAGAACUGCUGAGGGAGCAUGCAUUUGACUCAGACGUGGAGCCCCACAGAUUCAGGUCUCUGCCAGAAAUGAGCAACAGAUCAGCCAAUGACCUCAACAAUCUUGAGCUGAAGCCCACACUCUCUCAGCUGCAUGCUGACCUGAAGCUGUAUGAGCACCACUUUGAGUGGCUGAACAAGGUUUCAAAGAAGCACCACCACCCAGCAGUGCCCAAGCUGGUGGAGAUGAUCAGAGAAAUGAAAUCUCUCAUCAACCUGCUGCACCGUCAGAUGCUAAGAGUUGAAGCACCGAGGCUGACUCCGGCGACCCCUUCUCUCCCCCCUCACCUCCCCUAUCAGUUUGAUGUCCUGCAGUCCAGCCAUGAGCUUCUCCAACACUUCAAGCUCUUCUGUGAUUGGGCAUACAGAGCAUUCAUUAGCCUCAAGCCCAAAGUUACUGCAGUACAAUGAUGACCCAUGAACUACUUGGCUGCAGAGCCAUGUGCAUACAUGGAGUCCCGCCUCAGCCAAAGGGGAAUUAGGACCAUGUCAGUGUGCAGUGUAGUCAAUAGCAUCCCUUAAGAGGCCAAAUCAUCAACCAAUGACAUGCGUGUUGAAGAAUGUGUCUUUCCAUCAGAGCCAUUGAGGAUGCACUAUACUGCAACCAGUUACGACCAUCAAGAUUCCCGUUAAAGCAAACAGCCAGUUUAACUAUGAUGAUCAUAAUUCCCCAAACUUUCUCCCAAAGGCCUUGUUCAUGACCAUGUUAUUUAUGUAUUUAUUUAUUUAUUGACUGUUAGUAAUUUAUUUAAUUUUAUUUAUUUGAAGUUGAAAUGUGUCACUCUCAUCUUUAUUUCUGUAUCAACGUGAAUUUAUUUGCCCACGUCUUUGUAAUCUUUCUUAUUGUCUUGUGUCUCACUGAUCCUCAAGAAAAACACAGUAGCACUUCCUGAACCUAUAGCUCUGAUAAUGACUUUUGUUUUUUUUAAUAUAGUUUUUGGGGGCUUUUUAUGCCUUUAUUUGAUAGCACAGUAGAGAGAGACAGGAAAUGGGGAGGCAGAGAGAGGGAGAAUGACAUGCAGCAAAGGGCCGUCCGAUGCGGGACUCGAACUGGGGCCGACUGCAGCGAGGACUGUAGCCUCCACAUAUGGGACGCCUGCUCAACCCACUGUGCCACUUGACGCCCCUAAUGCCUUUUGUUUUAAGUAACUUAAUUAACUUUACGUUUGUGUAUUUCUUCAGCCAAUAAUUCUUCCAGUAGAUGUAGCAUAAAUUUUGGAUAGCCGAGGUUUUCACUAUCUCUCACUUGCAGUGCCCGUAAAAUAAAAAUUUUGGAAGAUGUAAAUUUCAUCUUCUAACCAUGUUAAACGUGUCACGUAUUAACGUAUCAAUUGAUGGCCUAUGAAAUUAAUUGUUUUAAUUUGUAAAUGCCAGGAUGGUAGUCAAAGAGAAGUGAAUACUUUCAUUUGUACCAUGGGCAGAAUUUCUAUUUUUUGCAUUCUGCACAAGGAGGCAUAUUUAAUGUUGUGGUAAAGUUGUAUGAAUGUGCCCUGUUGCUGAGCACUGAUGGACCUGAUUAGAUUCUUUGCACAAACUUGUUAGGAUUAGCCUCUUGGAAGAGUGAGAUGGCUGAUUUUGAACUUGUGCUUUGGGGUAGAAAAGUUUUUUUUUUUUUUUUUUUAAGUUAAACACCCAAAGCCUUAAAAUACUAUGUAUUAUGACACUAAGUUCUGUACAGGUGUACAUAAAUAUACAAGAAUGUAAAUUGUUGUAUACAGUGCUUUGUGUAUUAUGUUGUUUUCUACAAUAUAAUGUAGAAUACUUUACCAAUUUUAUCACUAUCAUUUUUGUUCAUUCCUAUUCUAGUAUUUGUUACAGUAUUGACUAUUUAUUUAAGUAACUUGGUGGAACUAUUUAUUUUGUGCUGCAGCGGAGCAAGUCUCCUAUCUUUUUGUACUUUUAUACAGUUUUUAUUCCUAUUUACUAUUAUUAUACCAUCAUGUUUAAAUUAUUGUUGUAACAUCAAGUUGCCUCUUCCACACACUGAUUGGCCUCAAUGUGAAAUAUGUGCCUUGGUGAAAUAAAUACUAAAGAAUGUGCACAGUGGAUUUGAGUAUCUUUGAUCUGCAUGGUCCACUUAAGGCAGACACAUAAAGAUACUUCACUACCCAGAAGUCUGUGCGCCAUUGUCAGAAUAUAACGGAGAAAUAACCAAAUCGAAUAAGGCUUUAUAUAUUAUUGUUGAAGAUUUGUAAAUGUAGAUACAUCAAUGAUA